CUGGGCAAAUCCAGCCGUGUUGGUUCAGAGUCAAGGUAAUAAAUUAGUACGUGUAGAGAUCAAUAAUGAAAUUAGUGAGAAACCUCAGUGGAAAAUAGCGAGGCAUCACGAGGCUAGCGAGAGUUUACUGAGAAAGCGCAAAUCGCUGCGAAAUAGGGACAUCACCAGACUCUCCAGAUCGUUGCCAUGCUGCCAAAGACACACUCGCCAACCAUACCGUAGAACGUAUAGCUUGUAUUUGUAUACCAUUUUCUCACGCUCUUCUCCACUGCCUCAUCUUGUUGUUGAAUUAGACAAGAAAAGCAGCUGAUGUCAAUCUCCCGUAAACUUUUUCUCAGUACGAGUGACGCAUCGGUAUUUUUCACUGGGACGUGCUCCUCGCCUUGUCUAUGACUCUGAACCUCUGUUACAUCCACACCGCAGUACACACUACCGGCAUGCCGAUCCAAAAUUACAUUUCCCAUAUAAAGAACCAACAUCCGCUCAUCGGCACGAUGGAUUUUUCAGUCUUGCUUUUUUGGUUUAACGGAACAACAAUUGUUCGUUCAUUACUAGCAACUUCAUUCUUGAGUCUCGUUAGUUCUUACCAGCUUUCAUAGCUAUUCUUCUACUGCUUCUGUUUCUGCUUCAACUAUGUGUGACGUCGUCUUAGGCUCCCAAUGGGGAGACGAAGGUAAGGGUAAGUUGGUGGACUUGUUGUGUGACGACAUCGACGUCUGUGCCAGAUGCCAGGGUGGAAACAAUGCUGGUCAUACCAUCGUGGUCGGAGACGUCAAGUACGACUUCCACAUGUUGCCAUCCGGAUUGGUCAAUCCCAACUGCUUGAACCUCGUAGGUUCUGGAGUAGUCGUUCACGUUCCAUCCUUCUUUCAAGAGUUGGAAAAUUUGGAAAAGAAAGGUUUAAACUGCCGUGAUCGUUUGUUUCUUUCUUCCAGAGCCCAUCUUGUGUUUGACUUCCAUCAGAGAACCGAUAAGUUGAAGGAGGCCGAAUUGUCGGAAAACAAGAAGGCUAUCGGUACUACUGGUAAGGGUAUUGGUCCUACGUAUUCUACCAAGGCUUCUAGAUCAGGAAUCAGAGUCCACCACUUGGUCAGCGAAGAUCCUGAAGCAUGGGAAGAGUUCAAGACAAGAUACCAUCGUUUAGUCAACUCCAGAAAACAGAGAUACGGUGAGUUUGACUAUGACGUUGAAGAGGAGUUGGCCAGAUACGAGAAGUACAGAGAAUUGUUACGCCCAUUUGUAGUGGAUUCCAUCGAAUUCAUGCACACGGCUCUUGUCCAGAACAAGAGAAUCUUGGUGGAAGGUGCCAACGCCUUGAUGUUGGAUAUCGACUUUGGUACCUACCCAUACGUUACUUCCUCUUCUACCGGUAUUGGUGGUGUCUUGACUGGUUUAGGAAUUCCUCCAAAGACCAUCAAUAACAUCUACGGUGUCGUGAAGGCUUAUACGACCAGAGUUGGUGAAGGUCCCUUCCCAACUGAACAGUUGAACGAGUUUGGUGAAGCCUUGCAGACCAUUGGUGCUGAAUACGGUGUGACAACUGGCAGAAAGAGAAGAUGCGGCUGGUUGGAUUUGGUCGUGUUGAAGUACUCCACUUUGAUCAACGGCUACACUUCGUUGAACAUCACCAAGUUGGAUGUCUUGGAUUCCUUCAAGGAGAUACAAGUCGGAGUCGGCUACAAGCUCAACGGCAAGAGCUUGGCUUCCUUCCCAGAAGACCUUAUCAAGUUGGGUAAGGUUGAAGUCGAGUACAAGACUUUGCCAGGCUGGGAAACUGACAUCACCAAGAUCAAGACCUACGAUGAAUUGCCCGAGAACGCCAAGAGCUACUUGAAGUUCAUCGAGGACUACUUGGGAGUUCCAGUGCAAUGGGUUGGUACCGGUCCAGCUCGUGACUCCAUGUUGGAGAAACCAAUCUCCAAGUAGAUAAAAUUAGAAAAAUAGUAUUCAAUUCAUUUUAGCUAGAAUUAGAAUUCUUGUACGUUAGAUAAAGAUAUUUG